GUUCCCAUUCCCAUUCGCACCCAGCCCAGGUGCUCCGUAUGUACUGCCGGCAUCCCUCACCUCGUCCCACCGCCAGCUGUCUUCCCUCCCAUGUCCGCACUCGCAUGCCGCCUCUCGCUUGCCCGCCACUCCACUCAUCUCCCGCAUCUGCUCCCCUCUCCGCCUCUCCUUCCCCAGCACCGCCUGGCCCGGUACCUUCCGCGCGCCACAUUACCGGCAGCCGUCCAGCCCCCACCAUCCCCUCCGCGCCCCCUCACUUCCGCCAUCCGCGCGCACUCUCCGCUUGCCCGCCUUCGCCCCGCCCGCGGCGGUCAUUUUCCAGCAAUGCUGGGCGCGGCUGUGGGGUCGCACAUUGGCGUCAUUGCUAGGGGAGCAAGGUCCGCUGUUGGCGCAAGUGUUGGUGGCGUGCGAUCGGUUGCGAAGCCGUUAGCACUCAGCGAGAGGUCCGAAGGAUCAUCUAUAAGGUUUGCUCCUCCGCGCGCGCUCCUUCUGGGGGGGUGCAGUUGCGCGCAGGGCAGAGCUGCUUCAAGCGGAGCAGUGCGGCAGGUGACGUCAGCUGUGUGCGGGCCAGCGAGCAGCGCUGGCGGUAGCGUGGGGGAGGCGGGGGGUGAACGAUGGGGAGCGCAAGGGGGCCAGCAGAGAUCUGAGCGUGAGCGAUCUGGGUCAGUGCGGCAGGUUGGUGUCAGUACGGAGGAGCGACAGGAGGGAGGGGACACGCGGAAGAGAAGUGAGAGGGAGGGGGGAGGACACAGAGGAGAGAGAGGGGAAAGAGGGGAGAGAGGGGAGCGAGGAGGGAAGUCCAGCAGGCAGUGGCGGCGGCUGUGCUACUACCACACACAAGGGAAGUGCACUCUUAGCGGGGACAAGGACCACCUGAAGAAGUUUUCGCACGAGCUGCCCGACCUGUCGAUGCGAGCAGGGCAGCUGAAGAAAGUUCGGAAGCAGGCGUUUGAGCACUUCCUGGUGCUGGACCUGGAAGGGCGCGAGGAGAUCCUGGAGUUCCCCGUCGUGCUGCUCUGCGCACGGUCGCUGCGAGUGAAGGACCACUUCCACCGGUUCGUGCGGCCGGACCGCAUGACAGUUGAGCGGCAGGCGGAGUACAUCGGGGGAAAGUACGGACCGUGGGGACUGGCCAGAGUGUGGCACGACACGGCCAUCCCUUUCUCCCAAGUCCUUGCGGAGUUUGAGCAGUGGCUGGACCAGCACGACCUGCUGGCUCAUGGCAGCACCAGCACUGUCUCCAUAACCCAGAUCGAGGAGGGUGCUGUGGACGAGAGGGGAAAGGAGGACGGCGACAAGUGGGAGAAUGAGAGGGAGCAGCAGGGAGAUGGUGGGAAAGAGGAGGGUUCUGAAGGGGACGAAUCCAGCAAUUCGGUCAGCUUGUCAUCAUCAUCUGAUGCAGCAGCAGCAGCAGCAGCACAUGGGUUGGGCCACGGCCCCAGGUUGCGGUCAGCUGUACUGGUGACAUGUGGCAACUGGGACGUGAAGACCAAGGUGGUGGAGCAGUGCCGUGACAGCCAGCUGCCGCUGCCCACGUACUUCCUGCAGUGGACCAACCUCAAGGACGUCUACCUCAACUUCUACAAGCGCAAGGCGUCGGGCAUGAUGCCGAUGAUGAAGGGGCUGCAGAUGGCUCCACUGGGCACGCACCACGUGGGGCUGGACGAUGCGCUCAACAUCACGCGCGUGCUGCAGCGCAUGCUCUCCCAUGGCGCCCUCAUCCGUGCCUCCGCCCGCCGCGUGGGCCCAGGGCCCACUGAUGUGGAGUACAUGUACAGGAGGCGGGUCAAGUGACAGCACAUGCAGUCUGAGGCUACUCAAAAUGCCGCAGCACUCGCCGAUGUGACGCACAUGCACAGGAGGCAGAUGAGGUGAACCGUGUCGAGAGAAUGGUUGAAUAGGCAAGGCGAGACUGGGUAUAUCAAACAGAUGUACCUUAUACAAGUCUGAACCCUAGCUAGGCUAUAGUUCGUACAUUUCACAUCAGCAUAUAUGACAGCAAACACUGUCUACUUCUAUGAAUUUGUAGUUAUAGGCUAGACAGGUGCAUGCUCUUCGAGAGAACAACACACAAGC